AUUGAUCCAGUUGGUGCUGAUUCGGCAAGGAGUAUGGGAGGCAGUUAACAAUCCCUGUUGCUAAUGUGGAGGAAUUCCGCCAUGGAAGAACCCUCCACCUUGCCAGGGGCCAGUGAGCCAUUCACUCGGCGUAAACUGGGUGAAAAGCUUUAUCUGGAAUCGUCUGAUUUCAAUCUCCGAGACCCAAAUUGCCAUUUAAUGAGCCCAACAUAUCACAGUUUACAUGAUCCCUACCUUAAACAACAUGUUUACCGCAAGCAUAUCCACAGUAAUCUCAAGGAAAGAAACUUGAUUACUAGUGAUGAUAUGGUAGUAUGUUCCCGCAAGGAAUACAGAAUGUACCAGGAUUAUGUGGAUGAUAUCAAGAAUGACUUUCAAAACAACCAACAGAGGGAAAGACAGAAAAGGCUUCUUGAGCUGGAAGAGCAGGGUCUGAUUUUAGACAACUUGACUGGGGAAGAUAUCAGAACCUUCUUACAAACAAAUGAGCUCCCAAGACAUGAUGGACCACAGCAGCAGCAUGGACUGGAGCAAACAAAAAAGACAACCAUCAAAGAAAAGAAUGGACUCCAGAAUGGAGGAAAGCUUCCGAGUAUAACGACACAGCAGACAUCUACAAGAGAUAAAACACGGCUACACCUCAAUGAAAAUGAAAUAAAACAUGAGUUGAACAGGAACAGAUACAUGAGAGACAUCCAGGAGAAAAGGAGACAAAGGGAAAUGAGUAUUUCCAAACGCAGGGCUGGAGCACAGCAGGCUGAAGUGGAUCGGUUGACGAAAACCCUGAGGGAUUUGGAAAAGAUGAGGGUACACACUAAGGAUCAAACAAAACUUCUCUAUCAAGUUUUUGGUAAAUCAACCUCAGUAAAAUCACCACAGAAAAUUACUGUGCCAAGGAGGCCCACACUCAGACCGCUUGCUCCUUUACCAGCCAGGGGACAUGACAUAACAACCCAGACAUCUUCACCAGACACCAAAUUGCUGUCCCCAUCGGUCUACACACCAUAUCUACAAUUGCCUUGUCUUGGCCAAUUAAAGAUGCUGACCAACCAACAUGAUCCCGAGCCUAACAAGAAGGCUAGAAUUACUCAGGCUCUACUGGACCACUUAAGCAGUGAUUCUUUUAAGAUGCAAAUUGCAGAGUGCAUCCAGAACGAGACUACACUGACGAGCGGUGAACGCCGUCCUCAUGUGGCAACCAGGGUGUUGAGGGGCAAGUUGGCUACUGACAUAUUACUGUGCCUUUUUCGCACAGUCAGGCCUUCCAAACACUUUGUUGAGUCCCCUGGACAUCAUAACCAAUCUGAUACCUCAUCUGCAAAACAAUUUUACCCUUAUGUCACUGAAAUCAUUAACAGUGUCCUUGGGGAGAUCAGAGUUAAAGUUCUUGAAAGACUCCGUUUUGCUUCCUUAGGAAAUUCUCCAAAGAUAUCUCCUCAAACCUUUGAGAGAGCACUGAACGGGUUAAGCCUUGUUCUACAGAAUCUUGAGACAGAUUUAAUUCUUGUUGAAGCUAUAGCUGCAGACAUACAUGAACAAGCUCCAAGAACUGAAACUCCUGUUGAGGAAUCAGGGACUAGAACACUCGCAUAUCAAGUUGAAGCCAUUUCAGGUGAUCUUAUCAGAAUUGCACAUGGAAGUAUUGCUUGCAGUCCAUCAAAUGACGAGGCAAGAACCUCAAAGUUGCAAAGACAUGUUCAAAGCGGCAACACUCAAAAAAAAAGUCAAGAAGAGAAAGAGGAUAUUGCAUGGGAGGCACUGGACCAAAGGCAGCCAUUUAAUGUUGCAAACAAAACCAAAAACAUAGAGGCAAAAAUGUCUUAUAUUUACCCACCAACUAUGGCAGGUGCUAGUAGAGCUCUCUCUAGUACUUCUUCCUCCUCUUGCAGUGUGGCAGUUUUCCAGUCUGAAAAAUGUGGGUCCUUACAGGAAUCUGAAGUCUCUACACCAGAGAGCUCUUCAGAUGAGCUUGAGAUGCUGGCAGGUGCCAGUAGCGCUACUUCUGUCGCUUUAUCCUCUCCCACUGGUGUAACCACUUUCAAGACUGUAGAACGUGGGCCAAUUUCCUUUAACACAGUUGAAACCUCAACAUCGGAGGGCCUUUUAGUUGAAGUUGAGACGGCAGCAGGUACCAGUUGUACUCCCUCAAGAAGCCUGGAAAAGUCCACUGAAGGAUCACCAAUAGACCAAAAUAACCUUGAUUGGAACAUUAAAGAUAAUGCCCUGUGCUCACUGCCCAAAGACACCACUGUUGCAUCACAGAUGCCAAAAGAAGUGUUUGAUUGGUCAUCAAGCAUGAUUAAUCAGCACCUUGCAGUUCAGAAUUCUCAAUCAGAAGAAAUUCAUUUGAGUAUGCCCAGUGUUGCUCUUGAUUCAACGUCCUCAGAUGCCAACCAAGUGUCUGUAGAAAAUGGAGUGUAUACUGCCACCAGAAGUCAGUCUUUACCCAGCUUUUUUCCAGUAAUUGCAGAUGAAGUAAUGCAAUAUCUUACAUCACCAAUAUGUAAAGAAAGGAUAACUCAAGCAGUGAAGAAUGAACUCAAACGUUCUCUUUCUGGAAAUGACCUUCCAUCAUCAAAUCUGAAUGUGGGGCCUGAGGAAAGGAGAGCUAUAAGGAACAUGUUUAAAAAAGUGUCCAAAGAACUAAGUCACAUACUGUCGAGAGAACGCAUUCUUUCCCUUUGGCCGAAUGAGACAACAGGGCCCUCCCCUGACCACGAUACUCUUCUCAGUCAAGUCAAUGCAGUUGCAUUACAACUAAUUGAGACAGUGUUUAGUGAAGUCAAGGAACAACUUGUCAAUAAAAUAAAUCAGGAAUCUCCAAAGAGGGGAGUUACUCCACUGGGCAGUCAGACAACAAUAAAAGCUGUAUGCACAUCGUUAGAGGACAUGAAAAUGACCCUGGGGAAUGAAAUGUCCUUUGCUUCUGCCAGUGGAAUGUUGCUGUCUGUGAGUUCUGAAAACGCAGAAGUUGGCACAGUUGUUCAAAGCCAGGUGGACACCAUGGCUGAGACCACUGGUGCUCCCAGUGGUUUAGAAGCUUUCAAGACUGAAGGAUCUCAAUCAGUCAUCUUACAGGAAGCUGAAAUCUCUUCAUUAGAGAUGUUUACAAAUGAGGUUGAGACGCUGGCAGGUGCUAGUGGUGCUCUCUCUGGUUCUUCAUCCCCCAAAAACAGCUUGGGAGUUUUCAAGAUUGAAGAAUCCCGAUCAGUCAUCAUACAGAAAGCUAAAGUCUCUGCAGCUAGUCCUGCGCUCUCUAAUGCUUCUCCUUCCUUCAGUUGUUUAGAGGUUUUCAAGACUGAAGAAUCUCGAUCAGUCAUCUUACAGGACGCUGAAGUCGCUACACUACAGAUGUCUGCAGAAGAGGUUGAGACGCUGACAGGUGCUAGUGGUGCUCUCUCUGGUUCUUCAUCCCCCUCAAGCAGCCUGGAAGUUUUCAAGACUGAAGAGGUUGACAUGCUGACAGGUGCUAGUCCUGCAUUCUCGAACACUUCUUCUUCAUCCAGUGGUUUAGAAGUUUUCAAGACUGAAGAAUCUCUAUUAGUUAUCUUACGGAGAGCUGAUGUCUCUUCACUAGAGGUAUCUUCAAAUGAGAUUGAGACGCUGGCAGGUGCUAGUGGUGCUCUCUCUGGUUCUUCUUCCACCACAAGCAGCCUGGAAGUUUUCAAGACUGAAGAAUCUCGAUCAGUCAUCAUAGAGGAAGCUAAAGUCUCUACACUAGAGAUGUCUGCAGAAGAGGUUGAGAUGCUGGCAGGUGCUAGUCCUGCGCUCUCUAAUGCUUCUCCUUCCUCCAGUUGUUUAGAAGUUUUCAAGACUGAAGAAUCUCGAUCAGUCAUCUUACAGGAAGCUGAAGUCGCUACACUAGUGAUGUCUGUAGAAGAGGUUGAGACGCUGGCAGGUGCUAGUGGUGCUCUCUCUGGUUCUUCAUUCCUCUCUACCAGCCUGGAAGUUUUCAAGACUGAAGAAUCUCGAUCAGUCAUCAUACAGGAAGCUAAAGUCUCUACACUAGAGAUGUCUGCAAAAGAGGUUGAGAUGCUGGCAGGUGCUAGUCCUGCGCUCUCUAAUGCUUCUCCUUCCUCCAGUUGUUUAGAAGUUUUCAAGACUGAAGAAUCUCGAUCAGUCAUCUUACAGGAAGCUGAAGUCGCUACACUAGUGAUGUCUGUAGAAGAGGUUGAGACGCUGGCAGGUGCUAGUGGUGCUCUCUCUGGUUCUUCAUUCCUCUCUACCAGCCUGGAAGUUUUCAAGACUGAAGAAUCUCGAUCAGUCAUCAUAGAGGAAGCUAAAGUCUCUACACUAGAGAUGUCUGCAGAAGAGGUUGAGAUGCUGGCAGGUGCUAGUCCUGCGCUCUCUAAUGCUUCUCCUUCCUCCAGUUGUUUAGAAGUUUUCAAGACUGAAGAAUCUCGAUCAGUCAUCUUACAGGAAGCUGAAGUCGCUACACUAGUGAUGUCUGUAGAAGAGGUUGAGACGCUGGCAGGUGCUAGUGGUGCUCUCUCUGGUUCUUCAUCCCCCUCUACCAGCCUGGAAGUUUUCAAGACUGAAGAAUCUCGAUCAGUCAUCAAUCAGGAAGCUAAAGUCUCUACACUAGAGAUGUCUGCAAAAGAGGUUGAGAUGCUGGCAGGUGCUAGUCCUGUGCUCUCUGGUGCUUCUUAUUCCUCGAAUGGUUUAGACAUUUUCAAGACUGAAGAAUCUCAAGCAGCCAUCUUACAGGAAGCUACACAAGAGAUCUCUUCAGAUACAGUUGAGGUGCUGGCAGGUGCCAGCAGCACUCCAUCUGUUGCUUCAUCCUCUCCCAGCAGUUCUCAGGGUUCUCGAUCACAGGAGAUUCAAUUGAGUGUGCCAAGUUUUACUCUUGAAUCAACAGGCUCAGACACCAACCGAGUCUAUACUACCAUCAAAUCUCAAUCUUUGCCCUGCCUUUAUCCAGCUAUUGCAAACGAAGUAAUUCAAUAUUUUACUACAUCAUUUAAGGACAGGAUCACUCAAGCAGUGAAGUAUGAACUCAAACGUACUUUUUCUGUAAAAGAGUUGUCAUCCACACCACAACCAAAGCUGGGGCCUGAGGAGAGGAGAGCUAUAAGGACCACGCUUAAAACAAUAUCAAAAGAACUAAAUACUUUAAUGUCAAGAGAACAUAUUCUCUCCCUUUUGUCAGUUGAAACAGCUGCUUGCGGCUCACCUGAGCACGAUGUUCUUCUUGAUCAACUCAAUGCAGCUGCAUCACAACAAAUAGAGGCAGUGUUUAGUGAAGUUAAGGAAAACCUUGCCACUAAAAUAAACCAAGAGUCUUCUAAAAGGGGAGUAUCUCCAUUGGCCAGUCAAACAGCAAUGCAGGCUGUAUGCAAGUCAUUAGAAGAUAUAAAAAUGACUUUGAUUGGGGAUGAAAUGAGUGUCCCCUCUGCCAGUGGAAUACAGCUGUCUGUGAGUUCUGAGGACACCAAUGUUGUUCAUGAAAUGUCAAGUGCAAACAACAUGUUACCUGGAGCAAAAACUCCAUCAACAAUUUCUCUCGGUUCUCAGACACCACAUGCUGCCACUAAGAGUUUGUCACUUCCCAAUUUUUAUCCCAUUAUUGCUAAUGAAGUUCUUCAGCAUUUCUCUACAACAUCAUUUAAGGACCAUGUUCGUCAAAUAUUGAAAAAAGAAUAUAAACGUUCACAAUCUUUGAAUGACAUAACAUCAGUACCACAACAGAAACAGGGGCCAGAGGAGAGGCAUUUUACAAGGGACAUGCUAAGAAGUGUAUCUAGAGAGCUAAAUGCUUCAAUGUCCAGACAAAGUGAAUCCAUGUCGCCUGAGACUCUAAGGCCCUCUUCGGCACCUAUAGAUGACACGCUCCUACGGCUUAAUGCAGUUGCAUUAAAACUUAUCAAUAGAGUUUAUGGCCAAGUCAAGGAAAAACUGACUGCUGCAAUCAAACAAGAAUCUCCAAAGAGGGGGUUGUCUUUUGUGGCUAGUCAGACAGCAGUUAAGGCUGCUUGCAGAACAUUAGAUGUUAUCGAAAGGACUCUCAUAGAUGGGGCUAGAAGCCCUUCCACCUCACCUUUGCAACUUCAAAAGAGCAAGGAUCUUGAAAGGGAGAUAGCUUCUGAGGAAACCUUAGAGGUAGAAAAUUCAUCAUCCAGUAUUGAUGUCGUCACUGAUGAACUGAUUGAGAAUGUGGUUCCUAGCAUCUUUUUGGACACCGACUCUGCACUAUCUAGUAGGGCUGGUACACCUACUCAAAGAGUUGGAGGAGGCACGUGGUUAAAUGAAGUAGUCAAGCAGUCCGUAAACAUGUCACCUACAGGAAGCAAGGCAUAUAGUACAAAUAGUCCAGAUGAUAACAAUGUCUCACUCCCUCUAGGAUCUUUCACUCACUUGCUGCCCAGAAUUACAGAUGAAAUUCUGGAACAUUUUUCCACGGCAUGCUUCAAAGACUGCAUAAUUCAGUCUGUGAAUAAUGUGAUGGGACAGCGUGUGUCUGCAGUCAAUAUCAAAGACAUAAUGGAGGUCAUAGUUAAGAGUGUUUAUCACAAAAUGGCUCUGUUGAUAAAUAGAAACACUGCAGACUCUCAGAUUGUUGAACACGAAAUCCCAAAACCGGAAAUGAAGGAACUUCCUGUCCUAGAAGUUGAGGAUCCAUGGUCUGCUCAUGAGUUGGCCAAUACUAUUAAACAGAUCACUGUGGCAGCUCUUAACCACUUGAGUACCCAGCUUAAAGAUAAAAUAAAACAGAAAUCCAGCAGUCAGGAAGAAAGUGAGUUAGUUAUCAAUGCACUGAGUGAAACUUUGGGAACUAUGGUUGCAUGCAUCAGCAACAUUCAGUUUUUCAGCGAAGAGUUACAUUGUUACAUUUGUAAGAUAAACAACAUUCCCACUCAGAAAUUGAUAGGACAGUGGAUAUCAUUAUCUAAACUAGACUUAAUUUCUAUAUGUCUAGCAACAUCCGUGUUAGAUGUUGUAUAUCAUGAUGACAGUGCAACUACCUCUAAUUCGAAAACAUCACAGAAUGAGCUUGAAGCAAAUAGUCAGUCAUCAGAAUCUAUUAUUGCUCCCUCAAAACCAGUAUGCCCUGCUACUAAAAGGUCAUUUCGAGCCAGGAAGUGGUCAUCAUGCUCAGCCUUUCAGAAGUCUGCAGACACUGCACAAACCAUUGCAGUUUACAGCAAAAGCCUUGAAGUUUUGCCCAGGACUGACAUGAAGAGUGACAAUGAGGACCGACUUGAAAGCUUAUCAAGUUGGUCUAUGUCCACGUCUUCGAGUAUUUCAAGUCUCGAAGAAAAGAGAAGUCACCUCUGUUCACCUGUUUUAAAAAGGGCCGCCUCAAAAUCGGUCAUGAAUUUCAGCGAGGAGCUGCAAAUGGACUAUACAAUGCAGCCUAAACCUCCAUGCAAAAAAAGUGAUCAGUCUUUCCAAAAUCUACCAGUUCGAACCACAAAAACUUUUGGUAGGAGGAAAGUGAGAUUACACACAAUCUUCCGUAACCCUGAGGAGUUCUCUGAUGAGGAGUCCAGCAAUACAUCAUGCUCAGCUCCUGAGGACCUCCACACAUCUUCCUCCGAAGAGGACCUAUCAUUGAGCUCCCACAAAAGGCAUUCCAAAUAGUCAUUCCCUUUAUCCCAUGCAAUAAUAAAAAAAAAAAAACUCAUAAAAAUAAACUCAUGCAUUCAAUC